AUGAGGGAAAAGCUGCUGAUCUCCAUUCUCUUCCUCCCCCUCCUGGCCGUCACCUUUCGCUCUCAACUCCUCGAAGCAGCGCUGUGGAUCGAAGAGGAGUAUUUCCCUAUUAAUGAAUUCCCCGAAACGCCUCUCGGUGAUACGCUCAUCGAGACGUCAUCUGGAUUGGCGCUUCCAGGCACCAAUGAUUCCCUUCUCCGCUGCCCUGACGCCGAGGGAAUCAAAAAAUUCGCCAAGCUCGUCGGUCAGGGCUGGUCCAAGUCGGUCUACCGGAUUCGGAAUCACGCGCUGAAGUUCCCGAAUAUGGAGGGCGAGGGGUGGAGGAGGUGCAGAUGGAGAUGGUUCGGAUCGAUGCAUACGGAUCUAAUCUGCAUGCGCGAGGCUCGAGAGACGUUUCUACGCGAGAUACGGUGGCUCGUGAAGCUGCAGGGAGAUCCGGCGGUUCCAAGGUUGUUCAGCUACUGCGCCGAGGCCGACAACCCGGCCAUCGCCACCGAGCUGGGCCAACCGAUUACGGCACUAAAAUUGCUGCAAUAUCCACGAGAUGCCAUGCUCGAACUCUUUCUCAAAAUGGCUGAAUUCUUGGCAAGGCAUCCGGGGCUGAGAUUCGGCGAUUUGCGCAGGCAGCAGUUUGUCCUCGGGAUUCGCUUGCUGCCCUCCGGUCACCCCUACACUCAGCCGCUGUUCGUCGAUUUUGAUGACGUAAGCGAACGCGGGGAUGGGAAUUACGACGAUCGCGACACUGCCUCGAAAUUCUAUCGAUCGAUAGCUCGGGAUUUUCUGUGGCAAGGAGCUAAUGAAGCGCAGAAGGCUCUAGUAGCUGAGCUCGAUGUUUUGCUAGCCAACGACCAGCUCACAAUGGCCCAAAUCGCUCAAAAUAUACAAAAUAUGCUCGUU